AGAAAUCAUAGUAAUCUCUGCACGCCAAAAUUACUGCGUUAAAUUUUUCUGGAGUGUUUCAAAGUCGCCGAAACAGAUUAGGCGCCAAAUUGCUCAGAGGCGUUACAUAUAUUAACUCUAAUGUUCCCGUAAAAAGCUUUGCUUUUAGUAUUGUGGACUUUGUUGUGGACUGUACAUAAGAUUGCAAAGUAACCGUUUUGUUACUUUACACGUCCUUAAUUGAAUUACAGGAUAAAGUUGAUGUAACUGGUGGUUGAAGUUAGUCAGGAAUCACCAUGUUUUACGCACAUUUUGUGCUGGCCAAGAAGGGUCCGCUGGCCAAAAUUUGGCUGGCGGCCCAUUGGGACAAGAAACUGACAAAGGCCCAUGUAUUCGAGACUAACAUUGAACAAUCUGUGGAUGGUAUCCUAAAGCCAAAAGUGAAAAUGGCGCUGCGGACGUCUGGUCACCUUCUGCUUGGUGUUGUGAGAAUUUAUUCGAGAAAGGCGAAGUAUCUACUGCAAGAUUGUAAUGAAGCUUUCGUGAAAAUAAAGAUGGCCUUCAGACCUGGCAUGGUAGAUUUACCGGAAGAGCAUAGAGAGGCAGCUAUGAAUGCUAUCACUUUGCCAGAGGUCUUCCACGACUUUGAUACAGCAAUGCCCGAGUUGAAUGAAGUGGACAUUGAGGCUCAGUUCUCGUUAAACCAGUCUAGGGCUGAGGAGAUCACAAUGCGUGAAGACUAUGGAUCAUUGAACUUGGUCACCCAUGAUGAUGGAUUUGGAGACAUGGGAUUUGAUACUGACAACCCUGAUAUUAUGCGAGAAGCUAUUGACAAUGAAGGGGGGUUGGAACAGAGUAACCUCCUGUUCGCGGAAGGGUCUUCCUUAGAACUUGGCGGAAAGGAAGCCGGUAUGCCAAGUACGAGCGCGGCAGGAGUGCCGGCGUUGACCGCGCCGCCUCACGAGCGCCGCAUGGAGGCCGCGCCACACGGGACAAUAGACGAUGGAUUUGGCGGCACUAUCACUGAUGUACCGGAUUUUGGACACGCUGGCGGUUUAUUCGAGGGCGAUCUGUUCGGUGAUGUGACCGCGGGCAGCUCUGGAGCCGGUGCCUCCGCGAUGCCUGGAACGUCUGCGCAGCCACAAUCGUUACAGGCUGAGAUCGCAGCAGCGGGUGUGGCUGCAGCAGCCGAGGAGGGUGACGCUGCGGCUGACGCACCAGACUCCGAUGACGAUAUGGGCGACCACUACGAUGCCGGCAAUUCGCCGCAGCACAGUUGGGGUGGCUCUCCUCCUCACGACCCUGGCUCUUCUCGGACGUUGGACGGGGCGGAUCUUAUGCCGCCACCCGCAGCUCCGCGACCGCCUUCAGUUAGACCUAUGGAGGUGGAUGACAUCGUUACUGGCCCGACGGAGAUGGCGGCCGAGCCUCUGCCGCCUCCACCGGCCGAUAAUACGACGUUGCUGCAGAACGAUGAAGAGUCCUUCGCUCUCGCGCCUGUCGACGCUACCGUCCUCAAAGGCAUAACAAAGACGAAACGCAAACGCAAACUAAUUGUAGACGAAGUGAAGAAUAUAUCUGGUGAAGAAAUGAAGAACCAGCUUAGCAAUACUUCUGACAUUGUCACUACAUUAGAUUUAGCACCGCCAACUCGUCGCCUAAUGCACUGGAAAGAGACGGGGGGUGUAGAAAAACUUUUCGCUUUACCCGCUCGCCCUAUACCCAGCAGAGUACUGUCUAAGAAGUACCAACGUAACAUGACACUCCGAAAUGAGGCUGAAGAAGGCGACGAUGAGGGCAAGAAGGCUGACGCUCCGGAACCCAUGCGCCGCGGCGGACGCAAACGGCGACAUGAAGAAGUUAUACACCCACCGGAAACCCCUGCUCCACACCCACUAGAUUUGGAGCCUCCCACACCAGUGCCACAAGAAUACGAGCCUUCAGUCGAACCGGAGAGAGCUGCUACUCCUGGCUACCCAAUGACGCCUCGAGCCGACGACGAAGCACCUCAGACGCCAGGAGGCAUGCUCAGUUCUCUGGGACCACCUCUUACGCCAGGUGUGCUAGGACCACUCACACCUGGCACUCUACUACAGGGUGGACUUACACCUGGAGGUUUACAACAUGGUUCCAUGACGCCAGUGGGUCUGCAACAUGGUGGUAUGACUCCAGCUGGUUUACAACAUGGGGAACCUCAAGAUCUUGGUUUGGCAGCUAGCGGAAUGACGCCGGCGGGUCUUCAUCACGGCGGCAUGACGCCCGGUCUCGGGUUGGACAGCGGAAUGACGCCUGCGGGACUUGUACAUGGAGGAUUAACACCAGCGGGAUUACACCACGGAGGAAUGACCCCUGGAGGCUUGGACCACGGCGGUAUGACACCAGCAGGUCUGCAGCAUGGAGGCAUGACGCCUGCAGGGCUGGGCCACGGAGGUAUGACGCCGGUGGGCCUGACGCAUGGCGGAAUGACGCCUGCGGGAUUACAACAUGGUGGCAUGACGCCGUCAGGUCUACAACACGGCAUGCUACAACACAGCAUGGAGCAGAUGCCGAUGAUGCCACAGAUGGCAGGGCACACGUCGCCGUUGUCACGUGCCUCGCACCACCACCAAUCGUCGCAGCAGCAUGUGUCCCCCGCCUUACCCUGCGAGCCGCUGUUGCAUGGCUUGUUGGACAACUCUGACUACCAGAGUGGUAUGCAAAUGACGAAUUUAGGAUACGACGAGCAACACGGUGGGCACAGUCCACAGCACGAUUAUGACCUUCCGCUUAGCCAUGAACAGAUGGAAGAAGGUGAACGCGAAGCAGGCGAGACAGACGAGCAGUUUGAAGAGCGAGUGCUGAACAGGCGAGCGGCGCAGCUGUUCGCAGUCAUGAAGCCUAAACUUGCUGAAGGCUUGCAACUCUCCUUCGCCGACCUCGCGCCUAGACACAAUAAUAGAAAACAGGUGGCGCAAAAAUUCUACAGUUUACUUGUACUCAAGAAAUAUCAAGUGCUAAAGCUCCAACAAACAGAAACUUAUGGACCUAUCCUUAUUUCAAAAGGCAAUCAGUUUGAAACUGAGGCCAUCUAAGAUAACAAUUGUAUUUAUACUUUGUUAAAUAAAGCAAAUAUCAAAAGUAAAAUAGUUCAUAGAAGAGUAUAAAGCUUAGGUGUAAAAUUGUGGAACUUUGGGAAAGGGUUGAGCCAAAUAUAUUGUGUAAGUUGUACCUUUUGACUCGAGUUCACGAAAGCGUAUAAUGUAAUGAUUGGACCAAAUAAAUAUUACAAAAAUUAAGAAUAAUUAAUUGAUCUCAUAACAAUCUGAUUGAAGUUUUAAUGUGACAGAGCUAUUGUAAGUAUAUUAUAUUCGUAAACUCGAGUCUUGAGUGAAAGUGCAGUUAGUGUUUGGAAAUCAUGUUUGAACCUAAAUAGCAAAUGCCUUAUUUUGUUUUGCUAUGGGAUAAGUAAAAUUAUUGUAAAGAUGUUUACAAAUCGUUUUUCUAGCUUAUCAGUGGAAUAGUACUAUACUAAUUACCUAGGUUAUUAUGUUACAUAAUAUUUUUGUCCAAAUUGUGUGCUGGAGUUUUCAUAGACAUUUGUAUGAUUUUUA